CAGAGAUAGAGAAAAACAAUUUCGAACCUGCCUUCGAUAAAAUAGGACGAAGACGAGGAGGAGGAGGAGGAUUAAGACGAGAUAUAUCAUCUCGGAGCAUCGCGUCGUCCGUCAUUUUAAUCCCGAACACGCUGUCACACCAUCACAUCGCGUCGCGCGCAGCGACGCCGAAACAGCUGCGACGCGUGGACCGCUGCGGCAAUGACAACGGUGGUGGUGACGAUCGGUGGUGAUGGUGAUGGUGGCGACGACGGUGGCGAAGGUUAACCACGGGCGUUCUCCGACUCCGAGCGAGUACAAUCGCGACGGUGGCGAUUUAGUGCUCGUCGCGUCGAUUAAAGGUACAGGAGGGAAUCGCGCUGCGCGACGUGGCCAUGCUGUAAGUUUAGAAGGAGCUUCGUUAACGUUAAUAAAUUCGCGUACGAGCGCGUCGUCGGUCAGUCAUGGACAAUGUGGUGUAUAACCCGGGUGCGCUGGCGAGAUUGUCGACGUUAUUGGGCGCCCCGGAGGCUGCGCUGCGGCUCCUCGCCUCUAUUUUAUUGGGAUUUCCCGUUGCCCUCCUUCAUAGAUAUACGCUCUACGGCAAAGAUCCCACUCGUCAGCACAUAUUUUUCAUAGCGUGCGGUCUCGCAAUUGGUUACUGGAAUUACGAUUAUAACAUACUUCAUUCCUCAACGGCGGUAUGUGUGACGUAUAUGCUUUUAAAGAUCCUCGGAAGUACCGGAUUAUUAGUCAUUGUGACGUUCCUCUUCAACAUGUCGUAUCUACUUUACGGCUAUUACACUACCAGUACCCAAGACUAUGACAUAAAAUGGACAAUGCCGCAAUGCGUGCUAACCCUUAGGUUAAUAGGUCUUGCAUUUAAUUUAUGGGAUGGUAAAAAACAUGACACGAAGCUGUCUGAUAGCCAGAAACGAGUAGCCUUGAAGGAACAACCGUCGUUGUUAGAAAUUGCGGCGUAUACUUAUUUUCCAGGCGCUUUUCUCAUCGGGCCGCAAUUCAGUAUGCGAAGAUACCUGGACUUCGUUAGUAGUCGAUUUAGCGAACGCGAUCCGAUAACCGGUACCGUUAAAUUGCCAGAUUGCAUAUCGGCUGGACUUUCACGAGCCUUCGUCGGAUUUAUAUACGUGGCGAUAUUUCAGAUUGGAACGCUCUACGUUUCUGAUCAAUAUCUCUUCGACCCAUCAUUCCAGAAAUUAAAUUUAAUAAAAAAAUGUUUGCUCAUCGGUCUGUGGGGUCGGAUCAAUCUUUACAAAUAUGUCAGCGUCUGGUUAAUCACAGAAGGAGUGUGCAUUACUUUCGGUCUGACCUACAAUGGAAAAGACUCCGAGGGUCGCGUUAAGUGGGACGGUUGCGCGAACGUUAAACUGCGAACGUUUGAAACUUCCACACAAUUUAAUCACUAUAUUCUCUCAUUUAAUAUAAACACCAAUCAUUGGUGCGCAGAGUAUAUUUACAAGAGACUGAAAUUUCUGGGCUCAAAGAUUCGCAGCCAAUUAAUGACAUUGCUCUUCCUCGCCCUCUGGCACGGUUUUCAUUCUGGAUACUAUCAUUGUUUCUUCAUGGAAUUUGUUAUCAUGUACUUUGAGCGAGACAUCGGAUCAGCAUUACAGAACAGCGAGAAAGUGCAAACGCUGUUGAAAACUCGAUGGGAAGCGCGCUUGCUCGCUUGGAUCUUUUUGAAGCUUUACACUUUUGUUUUCAUGGGAUAUUGCCUCGUGUCUUUCAUACUUCUCUCGUAUCCACGGUAUAAUGAAAUCUACGCAAAUCUGUAUUACUUCGGACACGUGUUCUUCUUUUCUUAUCCGUUAUUCGCGCCAUACAUUAAACGACUAAUUAAUCAAAGACAUGAGCAUCAACGAUCGCACCAAGAAUAAAAUCACACAAUUUCGCUCGCUUUCGCGACAUUGUGGCAUGUCUCUUAUUUUUGUUGCGAUUUGAUAUCCAAAAAGACAUAUUGCUAUGAAAGCAAUGAAUGGACCUCGAUGUACUAGUUACAUUAGUCUUUAUUUUAUAAAAGAAUGUGACAGCGCAUAUCCAACGGAAAAUUUCACGCGUUUCAUAAUAGUUGAGAAUUGUAUAAAACUUAAUGCCAAAUUUCCGUCACUUGAAUAUCUCGAUGAAUAUCAAGUUUCACGAACGAAAAAUUUUCUUCAACAAUCCUGUUGCUUAAACGAAAUAGUGCGAAAUAAUAUUGGAAUAUUAUCUUGUAUAAGUGAGGAUGGUACUACUAAGGAUGUUUCUAUUUGCAAAUUUAACACAUUGUUUAGAAAAAGAUUCUGCUGUCGGGAAUUUUGAGUGUCCAUUAUUUUGAAAUUUUUAUGAUCUUGGCUUUACUACACAUUAAUUGUGAAAAUCUCAACAAUAAUUUUCGAUAUUUCAAUAUUAUUUUCGUACAAUAGUAUAUUCUUGCGUUUUCAAGCCUGUCAUUUUUCUGUAUGUAGUGUAUUUGAUUAAUCAAAGUUCUGCUCAUUUGUAUAUAUUUCAUCGGUAAUAACCCAUUUGAGGUAUUGCAAUUUUCAAAACGUGUUACGUUUUUUCUAUAAUAAGAACGAUAUUGUAAUUGCAGCGGCUAAAUAAGUUAGUAGAGUAAUCAUAAUAUUUCUGAGGGAUUUGAAAGAGAAAGCAAUUUAUGUAUUUAGAUAUUGCAAUAAGCACGUCCACUCACGAAAACAAAAUCAGGGAAAUUGCGUCGCAGAGGAUAUCUGGAGGAUAUAAUACCAUGAUUUUGUAAGCGCGAAAAUAGCUAUGUAACAUGCAAAACGACAUAGAUCAGUAUUUCCAGAUACGCGUUCCUCUGAUGCGCGAUUGAAGUAUCUAUUUUACCGUAGUGUUAUAUUUAAUCAAUCCAAAUACGAUUUAACCGCAUUUUGCGACUGCUCUAAAGAUGUAAAUACACAUACAAUGAUAACAGAUUAAAAUAGAUUCUAGGUAUGUCGAAGGUAUGUAAAAACCUUACAAUACACGCGCUUCUUUAGAUCAAUAUGAAAUAAUGAUUGAGAAGCGAUUUUCGAUCUAAUAUAUAGCACAUUCGCAGUUA